AUGGCAGGAAUAUUGCGAGUGCACUCUGUCGAAGGAGAAGAUGCCCGGGAGCUCGGCCACGAUUUCGGUAUGGAUGAGCUUGGAGAGAUUGAUCUGUUCCAUGCUCAAGAUUGGAUGCGAGCGGAGAGGAUCGCUCGCCGAGAUGCCCUUGUACGAAAACAAGAAGAUGAGCGGAAGGCUUUCGAAGAGAAGCAAGCGGCCGAGAGAGCUACCUUGUUGGGAGAAGAAAGUUGGGUUCACGAGGAGUACACACUGCAGAUCGCGCGCCAAAUCAAGGACAAUGGGAUCGAUAAGACGAGGAAGCACAUGGUACCAGCGUAUACCUUUACACGCUUUGGAGAACUCCCUAACGAACUCCAACUUCGCAUCUGGUCGAUGGCCGCGCGUUCCAACAAGCCUCGUACACAUUUCCUGGUGGAGGAUGCUGAUAUCCCAGACGGGCUACCUCUGUAUUAUCCUCGAUCUCAUGAUACAAGCACCAUACUACCCGAGAAAGAUGAGGAGACCAACGACUUCCCUGUCCUCCUUCAUGUCUGCCAAGCAUCGAGAAUGGUCGUUCUUAAAGUCUACACUCCUAUGCCCCGUGUUGCACCCAACCAUCCAGAUGCAAUGCAAUACCUGAACACUCUCUACGACCGUUUCUACAUUGGCGGUCAAGACUCGUGGACGGAUCAUCAGCUUCUUGUAGAUAUUUUGAUCCGUUUAAAUAGUACCAGGCCGCUCCCAAAGACAGUCCAAGACAACAUGGAAAGACUCUUGAAGAUCAGAUUCCUCCUGGUCGACUUCCAUGUGUUUGCAGCCUUACCCGUUAAGAUCUGGGCAGAGUUCGAACAAUUGGAGAAAUUCACAAUCGUUAUGUAUCCCUACGAUGAGACCGGAGAGUGGGAAAACACCCCGGGUUACAGUCCGUUUCCCGAAUUCGUCAAUGUCACACAGCGGAGCAAGUACGGAAGAAGAGCGGAAUGGAUCCUCAAAUCUGCUCGCGAGUCCUUCGAAGCCGUUAAAAGAUCAGACAUCCCGAAAUGGACAAUUCCACAGCUCGAUACAGUCUUACGAACAAUCGAAGAUAACGAUCUUGCAGGGAACUUGGAAGACUCUUCAGACCCGAAUAGCGAUCCGGAAGAUGAGGAAAAUGACGAUUCGCGUUGGUACCAACAAGCUGCGAGACUACUGGUUCACGACGUGCCCAGAACCAAUAUCAAACAGCUGAAGAAAGUGCAUCACCCGAGCGAGUUCAAGACACGGGAGUCAAAACCUUCGUCUUCUCUUGAAUAUGUGGGGGACAGCGAGACAGAGGCGGGAGUGCUAGUCUGA